UAGUAAAAUAGAUUCAAUUGUCAGUUUGUAACAGAUCAAUUUAUUUAAUUUAAAAAACCUUUAUUAAAACAAUCGUUAACCAUAAGCAUGGCCAUAGUUUACUAAUUGAAUAACUAUAAUAAUUAAUAAAUUGCGUAAGUUGAAUCAUUUUGGAAGAACGGCCACGCGAAGAUCGUACGCUCGUGACUUGCCGAACACGACCGAUGGCCGUUAUCGUCGAUAAUUUGGAGUUUGGUAAAUUAUAUUAUGGACAUUUAUUUAUCGAAGUUUAUGAUUUUAAUUUGUUGUCAAACUAUUGUAAAGUGGUGUUGGCGGGUUGUUAGGGUGCGUACGUGCCCAGUGCCGACAGUUGUGCGUUAGUUAGCGUCUCCGUUGGAAGUUUAUAUCAAGUAUGCGCCUCGCACAAGUUUAAGCCCGGCCGAGCACAACUAUUUGUCCGUGGUGCACGUUGAUUCCACUAAUUCCGUUUUAUGGGACUGUUGCAGAAUAAAAUGAAGGAUCUGGAAAUAAGCAAAGAAUUAAAAUGCAACAUAGAGUCGAACCAGAACCAAUUGAAAAACGCUAUCUUCAACCACCAGAUCAUCCUGCAAAAAAUUAAAGACGGAUCUGAGCCAACAGCAGAUCAACAAACUGAAUUGAUCAAAGCUGAGGAAGAAAUAAUUUUGAUCGGUCUUCAACAAAAAUCCUUGCUGCAACUUCUCAGAGAUGAAUUCAAGUCUAAUCAGAAACUUCAAAAAUCGAGUCCCGUGAAAAACGGCAACGAUGAUAAAAAAGCAAACUUAUUAAACAGGAAUCGGAAACAAAAUAUUUCAUUGACCAGAUCUCCGUCAGCAACAAACGACGAUGCCUCUGAAGACUCGGUGGACAAUGCGUCGAUCGAAUCGUCGACGAUGGACAGGGAAAAACGUCCACUCAGUCCGCACGACAUGUCCCAAACCGAAUUCCUUAGCUACUUCAACCUGUGCACCCACGACGUCUACAGGGAGAUGCAAAGUAGGCGGGUGGAACGGAAGAGACGCAGCACCGCCAAUCCGCAUUUCCUCUACGGCGGACGCGGCUACGAAUACACUUCCACCGGAAAAAGGAAACGUAACGCAUACUUGGUGUCGGGCAUGUCCCCGCCCCAAACACGCCAGUCCACGAAGCGUCGCUCGGCCGCCGAGAAGGCCUCCCCGCCCCAACCGUCCAAACAGUCCGCCCCGUGGCCACCCGCCCACAAGGACAAAGAGACAGCGGCCGCGUCGGGCGCCGCCGUCGCCGCCGAGCUGAAGAACGGCACGGAGAACGGCACCACCAUCACCACCGUCUAUCCCUCCUUCCCGGCCAUCCCGAACCUGCCCAGCGGGCUGAUUAUCGAACGCGUCAGUCCCGGGUCGCCGUCACCCGACUCCAAGACGUGCAUCAAAUGCAAACAACCCGGUGCGUUGACGGUUUGCGAGGUGUGCGCGAACGGCUUCCACGUCAGCUGCCACAACAGGCCGCUGACGCAGACGCCGCGCCAAUGUCCCAGGUGCAUCACGAGGGAGGUGCGCACCGUCGGGUCGCUGACGGUGCCCUCCGGCAUGACCGUGUCGUGCAUCCAUCCAUCGGACGUCACAGAAAAGGUGAGGGACAGAGACGCCCUCCUAUCGAAAAACGAGUCGUUGAACGCCGAACUGAUCAAACUCCAAGACAGACAUACGGAACUGACGAUAUCAUUAAAAUCGCAACAGUCUCACCAGCAAGAGUUGCUGAUGACGCAGCAAACGACAGAACAAAAGAUUCAACAGAUUUUCAAGUUUAUUAACGCCGUUAAACAGCCGGAACAAAAACCGCAGGAAAAUGAUGAAGCUGAGGUUGUGGAAGAACCGGACAAUAAACUUCAGUUAUCGAUUAAUUCGGAGGAGUGUGAUGAUCCCGAAGAGGCGAAUAAAUCUGGAAAUUCGUCGUGUAAAUCGGUUGAUUCGCCUAAAGCACAAGAUUCACCGUGUAAAUCGGACGAUUCACCGAAAUCGAGGGAUUCGUCCUGUAAAUUAGAUGAUUCACCUAAGUCGAGGAGUUCGUCCUGUAAAUCGGAUGAUUCACCUAAAUCUUUUUGUAAAUCGAGUGAUUCGCCUAAAUCAAUGAAUUCGCCGAGUAAAUAUGAUGAGUCUCCGGAUCAGUCGAUUAAAUCGGAUAGUUCACCGACUAAAUGAUUACUUCCGUUAUUGUUCGGUUUCAUAUCAGGAUGUUAAGUAUUAAAUUUUAUUGUUUUAAAAGUUUUACGAUGGAUAUUUUUGUAUGUGUAGAUAUAUUGAUGUUUGAUUGUUAAGACUGAAAUGUUAAACUAAUUUUAUAAUAAAAAAUUUAAAAUAA